AUGACCCAAACCGCCGUAGGCCAUUUGCAGCAAGUUAGAGCUCGUAUUUCUCUUGAAGAGAUUGGAGAUUUCAACUUUGCUAGUAAUGUUCAAGUAAAGAAUGUGGAAAAGAAAGUUGAUGCAGUUUUGAUUGAGAAUAAGAGAUUGGCAGAUCGUGAAAAGAUUCUUGAGAUGCGUGCCAAGAAGGUUGAAUCUGAAAACAAGCCUUUGCUAAAGAAAAUUGAAGCAGAUCAGAUCGAGAUGGAUAUAAUGAAAGUGAAACUUGCUGAGCUAGAGGAAGAAAAGGCACGUAGAGACGAACAGAACAAGUACUUUGAAUUGAAGAACAAAGAAUUUGAAGCUGCCAAAGCGGUGAAAGAACAUGAGUUGUACAUGAUGAACAAAGUGAUCGAGAAUAUGAUUGAGCAGAGGUUUGAGGAAAUAGAAGUUGAAGAGUUAAGAGCGAAACGCCAAGCUGAAAUUGAUGCCGAAAUGAAGUAUAAAGGAAAAGGUGUUGAAGGUUCUGAAAUUGCAGAAAGAUCAAUAGUUCUAUCUACUGAUCCUGAUGUAUUAUUUAAAGAUAUUACUGCUGAAGGUGAUGAAGAGGAUGAUGACGAAGAGGAUGAAGAUGAUGAGAAAGUUGAUGAUGUAGAUGAUAUAUUCUCUGCUAGCAGUCGCAGUGAUGACGAUGAUGACGAUGAUCAGGGAGGUACGGGUGUUACUGUUACUGAAGCAUUGACUGAACAGAAUGUUGAUGAUUUAAUGCAUGAUCAUGCACAUGAAGAUCGUGAAAGUGCUGAAAGUGAGGGGAGCAAGUGA